AUGAACGGCUGUCAAUGUUUUAUAAAGGCUGAACUUUUGACUCUUUACAUUGAGUCACUCGUCGAUGAGAAACUUUAUCAGAGUGUAUUCGCAAACAUGAAGGUUCUCAACAAAGAAGAACUACUGAUCGCCGAAAAAAAACUGCUAAACCACUUACCGAGGAGUUUGAAGGUAAGACAAGACGGCGACAAUUUAUGUUAAAAAGUAGAAAACUUUAUAGUCUUCGUAGUCGUCUGUAUGGAAUCAAAAUCCGGAAAUGAUUCAAUAUAAUGAGUUAAAAACUCCCUAAAGCAUCGAAGUUGGAAAAUCCUGACUUCACUCGUAUGUAAACGAAGCGUUGUAAAGAGCACAUGAAUGCAACACAUGGUUUGUUUACAUGAACGUGGAGAGAGGUAGUGAUUUAUAAAGGCUGAGCUAAAAUCUCAGUUGUUUAGAGGACUAAAGCAGUUCAAUUAUUAACUUAAAUAAUAUCCAAAUUAGGUAACAUAAAAAUCUUUUAACUUUGAUCUCAUUUACCUCUGUCUUAGUUCGACUUACUGUCCUUUUAGCCUUUAUUUUACUUAUAAUCUUUUCUUAUUAACCUUUUAUUUUAUAUAUUUUUUUCUGCUCAUUUAUGUUAUUCCAUUUUAUCAUUAAUAUUACCAUCAUUUUAAUUUAAUUAUGAUUUAUUAUUAUUAUGAAUAUCAUCUUUUUAUAUUUAAUAUCCUGUUUCCUGUUUUCUACCCCCCUUUUUUAUUACAUUUCUUUUUCUUACCUAAUUUAUGUUUUUAUUUUGGUCCUUAUGGUCUCAUUUUAUGUUGUAGGGCUCUUGUAUUGUCCGGCUUUCUUAUGACAAAUUAAAUUGGCCUUCAGUUCGUAGGCCUUGUUUUUAACUGGGUUUAUGUAAAAUGGCUGGCCGCAUAUAAAGAAAUAAAACUGUUUCAACACUGAACGCCGUACAAAAAGCAUGAUAUAUUUUGGCAAAAUCUAGUUUCUUGGCUGUCAACAGGUUGUGAUGAUGGAGAAACAUGGUUGGUUCACAUUAGAUGCUGUUCUGUGCGUUUCGUGUGUUUUUGUGUCAGUGUAACCACAGCAUUUCUAACACCCUUGAGUAAAUGGUGCAGUAGGACGACUUCCCAAACAGAAACCGUACUUCGUCACUAAUGCAGUGAUAAUGGAAACAGUUUCAAUGUGUGAACCACAUGUACAACUAAACCAUACAAAGCCUCUAUCAAAUUCAGACAUCAGACAAGACUUGGACUGUCUCAAGUACAACAUAACUGGUGUUAAGACCUUUGAAUUAUUGUAAAAUGACUGACACAAUUGUUAAGCCUUAGUAACAGUGUGUUUAUUCUUUAUUAAAAGUAUGCCCAUAUUUGUUUUAGGUGUAUGGUUUCCUGUUUGGUAUCAACAGAAACAGACCAUCUACCCUGGAGGUAGUUGUCGACACCUGGCCAGAUUUUAAGGUCAUCCUUUGCAGACCUGACCCCAAGGUGAGUCCACAGACCACGAGAGAAUUGAGUAUUAUGCAGCUUUACCACAUUGAGGUUUUAUCGUAAUAGUAUGUAGGGGCGUUUGUAUGUUUUAUCCAUUAAAAAAAAAAGAAAAAAAAACUAAUUUGAAACACCAAAUCUGACAAAAAGGUUUGAAGAAAGAAAAACCAUUAAGCAGUAAUUGUCGGCACAAAUUUGUAGACAUGUUGUUUGUCAUGUGACUAAAACUUCCUACAUUCAGAUAACUCUAUUGUUGGGUUUAAGGUUUAUUAGUCUCCAUUUUCAAUGAAAUUAUUCACUCAUUAUUUUGGACUUCAGCCUCUACAAAAUUCACACCAACCUCACGGGCGAGAAGGAGAAUUUGCUGAUGAAGUUUGUGUUUUUGUUACAGAACAGGCGAGCCCUAGCGUUCAUGAAAAAGGUGACCUACUUCACCACAGAUGAACGGGUGUUGAGGAAGAUGCUGGUGGAGGAGAACGCAGUGGACUGGAGCACAUAUUUCCUCAUUGGAGGUGAGCUUAAACAAGUCUCUUCAGCUUUUAAAAAAUCGACUUUUUCACCCAGGUAUCUGCCGGUUAUUGCAAAUAAUUUUCAGAAGAAAAAACAUAAGAUUGGAGUUUUGUCUCGACAUCAUGCAACAUGCAAAGAAAAACUGAACAAUCAAUCAAGUGCAAAACCUUUUCCAACAGGGUUUGACGUCUCCCACGCGCUCAUGCUGAAAGAAGUGUCUGCAGAGAGAGAAGUCAGCACCAGAGGCUACACUUUGGUGCAUCUGAUGUAUUUGGCAGAUAUCAACAGUCUGCACACACCAGAGAUUGACAGGUAAAGUCUGAUGAGUGGGAGAUAAUCUGCAAUAAGGGGUCUUUUAUCAUGAAAUCAUGCAGAGUGUGGAACCUGUUUGUGCACACAGCCAUAAAUCUCUGAAAACAAGUGCCCUGAGUCCCAGAAUGUGCUGCAGAAAAACUGGGAGUGCCACGUUUCUUUUCUCUAUCCCCAGGAGAAAGUAACAGGAAUUAAUAUCUAUUUAAAAAUGCAGUUAAUUAAAUAUGUGAGCCUUAAUGCUUAUUUACUCUAGCCUAUAGUUUAACAAAUCAGACCAAAUGACACUAACAUUACACACCUUCGACCUGCAGCUGAAUCCUGAACUGCAAUCUAUUAUUUACAGGAACAUCCAAGUGGACGCAUCCGCAAUAAUCCUGUAGUCUAACAGUUUAUGUUUAACAGCUCAAAGACUCAGACAGUUCAGAUUCCAAGACAUAAGGCACCAAUGUGCAGCAGGUGCAAAGCAUGCGUGCUCGUGCAUCUGUGCAUUAAAGGGUUAAAGGGUAAUAUUAUUUGUUACAGUCCUCAAACACAACUUUGCCAGCAACCAUUAUGUCUACAAAUGAAUAAAGAAAGCACAGUAUCCAUUAUGCAAUGCAAUACAGAAUAACCACGCAGAAGCAGUGAGAUUCAGUAAUGAAGAAAAAGUGAGUUUAAACUCAUUUGAAUAAUUAAAUCGACCAAGAAAGGUGCAGAGUAAAGCUCCUCCACCCACCCGCUCAGACAUUUACAUACAGAUGGUUUUAGUCCAUCAAUAAAGACAAACCUGCACCACAAAAUAACAGAACUAUCUUUGAAGGUUUCAUUUGAAAAUUAGAGACCAACACUUGAAACCUUAUUAUUUUCUGUUUCUCUACAGUGAGCUGGAAUCGAGGAUUUCACCUCUCGACGUUUCCCACACUGAACUGGUGAACAAAACCUGGAAGUUUGGAGGGAACGAGCAGGGCUUUAGCAACAUUAAAAACCUCAUCAUGAACUUCCCAUCGUGCUGCAUCACUGACGAUCAGGGUCAGCCCGUGUCCUGGAUCCUGGUGUAUGAUUACUGUGCCUUAGGUAUUCUGUACACCCUGCCGGAGCACAGAGGGAAAGGAUACGCCAAAGUCCUGAUUUGCAGCAUAGCUAAGAAACUCCACGCUGAAGGAUACCCGGUGUACUGCUUCAUAGAGGAGGACAACACACUCUCCUACAAGCUCUUUAAAGGCCUGGGCUUCACUGAAGAUCCCUCAUACAGAGCUGCAUGGUUUGAGUUCAAUGUUUGA